AGCUAUAAAAAGGCUCAGAUAUUUUUAUAGCGGUUCAGUCCAAACGCGCAGUUUUACUCAUUCAUUGAGAACGUGGUGCAGUCAACGCACAAACGUACACAUAAAUACACAUAAGUCUGGACGGAAAGACUUAAGUAACCAGAAUAAAGGAUUAAUUUAUGUGUGGCGAGCAGCAGCAACUGAAAUAUAAUAAAAGUGCAAUAAAUUCAGAAAAUAAAAUAAAUUAAAUUAAAUCAUCACAAACCAUGCUACUAGUGUUAAAGAGUAUUUUUCUAUAUUUGGCAUUGUGUGCCGUUACACGUGCGCAAGAUUAUCAAGACUAUCAAGAGAAUGUGCCCAGACCUGCACCCGUAAGACUGCGCCCCAGUUCCAGUGCUAUUGAACAACAAUCUCGACCGACACCAGUACCAAUAUUGAAGCAAAUCAAUAAGCACAACGAAGAUGGUUCCUACACGUAUGGCUUUGAAGGUGCUGAUGGCUCAUUUAAAAUAGAAACCAAAUUGGCGACUGGUGAGGUGAAAGGUAAAUACGGUUACGUGGAUGAGACGGGCAAAGUACGCGUUGUGGAAUACGGCGCCAACAAAUACGGUUUCCAACCGUCCGGCGAAGGUAUAACAGUGGCUCCGCCUACUUUAGUAGAUGAGACUAGGCAAAGGGAAUUGCCUGAUUAUGAGGACGAACCACCGAACAGACCCCAAAGGCCGAUUCGUCCAAAUCGUCCUCAACCUCAAUAUAGGCCAGCUCCUCCCCCACCGCCACCACGCCCUCAACCGCAAUAUGUACAGUAUGAAGACGAAGAAGCAGAACCCGAACCACCACGCAGACCUCAAUACAAUGCCCCACCACCAGCGCCCAAAUCGUCAUUGGGUCCGGCGCCACCGAGAAUUCAAAUAGCUGGUGCUCAACGUAUUUCGGAUGUAGUUUACUCACCCGUCCAGAAAGCGGCUCGUCCCGACGCCGAAUAUUCCCAGUCGACGUCUUUUGGUGAUGCACCGACAAAUGUUCGCAUUUCACGGCCAGUUUAUGCGCCCGCUCCUGCGCCGCCCUCACCCUCCAGUGCUCGUGCUCAGGGUUUCUUAGGUCCUGCUGCGGGUGGUCGACCACAUUUGGAACCGUUCCAAUUUGGACCAUCACCCGCACCGCGUGCCGCUCAACCAGCACCCCAACCACGCUAUCAGCCUCAAUAUCAAAGCCGCAGCGGGGGUGGGAGCCUUUUAGAUCAAUUGGCUCGGGACUAUGCCUUACCCGAGGGUACCGCUCAACCAUUGCACGAUAUAUCUUUUGGUUACUAUUAAACGUAAAAAUUAGUUAAGGAUGUGUGCGCCUUAAGUGGUCAGUAGCAAAAAAAAAAAGAAAAUGAAAAGUGACAAAAAGACAGAGAGAAAGAGAGAAACAGAGAGAGAGAGCGAU